AUGUUUGUCCAUUCGUUGAAAGUAGUUCAGCAAUCGACUGAUGAUGAAACGGCGGAUUCCGAUGAAACUAGUUCAGAUGACUUGCUUAUGCGAAGAAGGGAAGAAUGCGAACGAAAGGCGAGGAGAGGGGAGAUGGACCCUAGAUUGGAGUUCACCUUCCAAAUCCUCAUGGAUGCCACCGGAUUACCUAGGCACGAGAUCAUGGAUCACGUUUUUGAAGGAGAUAUGCUAGACGAAAUCAAUCAACUCUUCCUGCCCCACAUGAAGACCAAGCUGAUGUGGUUCUACCAGGACAUGCUGGACACCGAAGCCAUGGCCGCUGCGGAGCCCAGCAAACCCAGCAUCAGUCGACAGCUCCAAGCCAGUACCAGCAGAGCCAAUCUGAAUCCUAGCAUCACACCCAUCUACAAGAAACGGCUGUUUCUGACUGACGGUUGGGAGGUGGGACUCACAGGUGUCUGUAUUUAUAUCUUUCGAACGAACAGUAGCAAGCAGCUGCCCGAAGAGGGGUUUCAAAAGGAUCUUUUUUGCGGAGUUAUUGAUGCUGAAAGGAUAGGUUUAGUAACUACCAUCGAAAGAGUAAUAGAACAUGUUUUUAUGGAGGCACUAGCCCAUCCGAGUUUGGAUUGCGAAGAUGAUGCAGCUAACUGUCCCAUGGUCAAAAACCAGCUGUUACCAAGUCUGAGAUCAUUCUGCAGUGUUUUGAAAGUUUGUGAAGAAGUAGCUACAGAAAUUAAUUUAUUCGACGAUGGCGAGACGAUGAUGAAGAAAGUAACACAUGAAGAAGUUAAAGAAAUGUCAAAAUUUCCGGAAAAAGUACAGCAUUGCGAGGAAAGAGUGAAAAGUUGGUGUAAAAAGCUGGAUGAAAUUCUUAAGGAAAGCGAACAGAUUAGACGCGAGAACGAUUCUUCUGGACCUCAAGAUGAAUUGGAGUACUGGAAGAAAAGGGGAGCUCGGUUCUCACAGAUAGUCAGUCAAGUUAACUCAAAAGAAGUUCAAAUGACGGUUUUCUGUUUAAAAUUGGCCCGGUCCAAAAUUCUAAAGGACUGGAAUGAAACAGACAAAAAGAUUUCGUUUUGUUACAACGAAGCCAAGGAUAACGCAAAAUUUAUUCAAGCGUUGGAGACUAAGUGUCAUUCUUUGUAUCUAGAUGAUCCGGUUAAAAUGAAAGAUUGUAUCACAGGUUUGCUACAAACGGUAAAGUUGAUAUUUAAUGUGUCACAGUUCUAUAAUACUUCUGAGAGAUGUUCUGCUUUAAUGGUAAAGAUAACCAACCAAAUGAUUGAAACUUGCAAAGGAUACGUUACUUGUCGAGGCCAAGAAACGAUUUGGUCCCAAGACAGGGUCCUUAUGAAAGAGAAACUCACCCACUGUAUCGUUUUAAACAAAGUUUAUCGAAAAACAUAUCUAGUGGUGAAAAACCAAGUCACCUUGCCUUUAAAUCGGCCGUUUAACUUUUCGGAAAAUUACAUAUUUGGAAAAUUCGACUCUUUCUGUAAGAGAUUAUCAAAAAUAAUUUCGAUGUUUGAUUUGAUUGAUGACUAUACUGGGUUGUUUCAACGAAGAAUGGAAGGAUUACUGCUUGGCGAUGCUCUUGAAGAAUCUAUCCAGAAAUUUACAGAAAUUAAAUCUAUUGUUAUGAAUAAACAAUACGAUUAUCUGGACCAGCGCAACAUGGAAUUCGAAAAAGAUUUCGACAAUUUCUUGUCCAACACUGAUCAACUGAAAGAUAAAAUUGCAGAAAUAAUCGAAAUAAACUUUGACAGCGUAUGGGAAACGCCCCAAGGUAUAAGAUUCUUAACACGUUUCGAAAAAGUCAGUGAAAAAAUUCCUUUGGCGAAACUAGAAGAAAAAUACGAUCGUAUAUUGAAGUAUUGUGAAAAAGAAGUUGAUAGGAUUAUUAAAAUGUAUAAGAAGCAGAGGGACGAUCCUCCUGUGCCUAGAAUGUUUCCACCUAUAGCAGGGAGAAUAAAAUGGGCUAGAUGCUUAUCUUCACAUUUAGAUGAGUUACUAUCUAACGUCACCACUCACCACGUAAUGAAAAACUUACCUGCUACCGUUGAACUAUCAAAAAGACAUAGGUCAGCUGAAAAUAUGUUGAAAAUAUACGAAACUGAUAUGGUGGCUCUAUGGAUGAACCAACACGUAUCAGACGCCGAUCGCUGUUUAACCAAACAUCUUCUAGCGGUUUGCCCCGAGAAACAAAAAUUAAAAGUCAAUUUACAUACAACUAUUCCACUUCUUAUUAGAGAAGCUGACUUGAUGAUUAAAAUGGAUCUGCCUGUGCCUAUGGUUGCGCUUACACUGUACGCUAAACAAGAUCAUUUCAGUCUUGUACAAGAUUCAUUACAGUUUCUUAUCAACGAUUUUCUAAAAGUAGUCAAGAAUGUUAAACUUGAAGUAAGACCUUUGUUUUUACCUCAUCUGAUCAAGUUAUGCUCUAAAAUAGAACCAGGGCUAACACAGUUGGAUUGGGUGUCUGAAGACUGGCAAGAGUACGUGAAUUCAGCUAACGAGUCGGUUCAUAACUUUAAAGUAUUGACUGACAGAAUUCAUGACAUAUACAUAAAUAGAGUUCUGGAAGUUUUAACCAGUAUGCAAGCAAUUCAGCUACACGCUUUGCCAGAAGAAGGCGAAUCUCCUUGGGAUUUAGAUACGUUUAAUGAUAAGACAGAUGACAUUUGUUGCUAUGCAGCAUCGGAAUUGCACAAAAAAUCGAUGAUGAUUGAAGAAGCAGUAGAAGAAAUUUUGUCUCUGGUAAAAAGAGCUAAAAUUGAUAAUGCAGAGUCUACUGAAAAAGGGGAUGAUUUCGUAUUCGAAGAAGAGGAAAAACCGCCUGAUAUUGCAGCACCUCAGCAGCAAUCUGAUUGGUCGCUGGUAUGGGAAUGUUUUGAAAAACCCCAUUUACUCUUCAGCGGUGGCAUGAGCAAAGCAAUGCAAGACGUUGUUAAAGGUGCUGUGAGCGAAAUGAGACGGUACUACACCAGAAAGGUCAUUGACGUAUUGGUUAAAGUUACCAGAACCUCCCUAGAUUCUUUAAGGAGGAGAUUUUGCAUCGAAUAUAAAGAAGAACGCGAGUCGGUCUUUGUUCUCAACGCCAUUUUAUUAAUACCCAAAGUAGGAAUUCGACCUAAUUUGGAAGAGGUUCAAGAAGUAUUGAAUCUAGCUGGUAAAAAUAUCACAUCUGUUUCAAAAGGUGUUGGGCAAUGGGCUGGAAAUGCCGAGAAGGAGUAUAGUAGAAAAUCUGGCUGGCAAAAGAUUGCAGGACCGUCUCCAAAUCUUAUGGAUGUGGUCAAUCGGUCCAGAAUGAUCCAACAGAAGCCGAGUAAAAGCUGCAUAAGAACAAAAGAGGAUGACUUGAGAAUGAGGCGUAGGAAGUUGUAUAGAUUGAUGACCGAGGAAAAAGACAUGUUUCCUAUGCAACAACGGAACUUCUACAAUCACGUCAUGGAAAACAAAGAAGUGAUCAAAACUCUGUCAUUGUUGGCAUCUUGCACGCAAGAUAUGCGCUGUGAGAUGUCACAGUUUCUUUCAAGAUGGCGACUGUACAGCAUCUUGUGGAGAAACGAGAAAUCUCAGCGCGAACUGCUCAACUGCCAACUGUCAGAGUUCGAGACCACAUUGAGGAAGCACGAAGAGCUCAACGAGCGAUUGACCACCGAGCCCGACGUGUGUACCAUAGCCAAUUGUUUGGCUAUAUCCACGGAGAAGUUGAAGUAUGGAAUAAUGACUGAAAUUAAGUCUUGCACUCACAGAGUUGGCCAGGCUAUGAAAAAGAAAUACAAAAGAGAAAUGGAUUACGUUUAUGCUGUUAUAAGCGAGAUGGAACGCAAACUAGACAGAACCAUUCGCGAUUUAGACGAUGUCAGAAUGAUUAUGGACACAUUGAAGAAAAUACGAGAACAGGAAGUUGAUAUGGAAUUAAAGAUCGAUCCUAUAGAGGACGCAUUCAAUGUUCUUGGUAGAUUCGACGUAACCAUUGAACAUGAAAUAAUCGAACAGGUGGACAGUCUCAGGUACACCUGGAAAAGACUCCUGGAUAACGCACUAAAAGUUCAAGUAAAUCUUCUGGACAUGCAACCACAAUUCCAAAGCGACCUCAAAAACAACCUGGACAAGUUCAAGCAAGACAAAAUUGAUUAUUGUAACGAAUAUCGAACAGCUGGACCUAUGCAACCUGGACUCUCACCAAGAGAAGCUUCUGAUAGACUAAUUUUAUUCCAGAAUCGUUUUGAUGGAAUGUGGAGGAAACUUCAAACAUACCAAAGCGGUGAAGAUUUGUUUGGGCUACCUACAACUGAUUAUCCAGAUUUAGCACAAAUACGUAAAGAACUAAAUCUGCUUCAAAAGCUCUAUAAAUUAUAUAAUGAUGUCAUCGACAGAGUAAACAGUUACUAUGACAUCCCUUGGGGUGAUGUCAAUAUAGAAGAAAUUAACAACGAACUUAUGGAGUUUCAAAACAGAUGCAGAAAAUUACCAAAAGGUUUGAAAGAAUGGCCGGCUUUCUUUGCCCUGAAAAAAACCAUCGACGAUUUCAACGACAUGUGUCCCUUGUUGGAACUCAUGGCCAACAAGGCUAUGAAGCCUCGCCAUUGGCAACGCAUCAUGGAUUCUUUACAGCACAUUUUCGAACUAGAAAGUGAUGGGUUCUGUUUGAAAAAUAUUCUAGAAGCUCCUCUGCUCCAGCACAAGGAAGAUAUAGAAGAUAUCUGUAUAUCUGCUAUGAAGGAGAAAGAUAUCGAAGCGAAAUUAAGACAGGUUACCAACGAGUGGUCCGUGCAUGAGCUGACGUUUAUGACAUUUAAUAAUAGAGGGGAGUUGUUAUUGAGAGGUGACACUACAGCUGAAACCAUUGGACAAUUGGAGGAUAGUUUGAUGGUAUUGGGAUCUUUGUUAUCCAACAGAUACAAUGCACCAUUUAAGAAACAAAUUCAGCAAUGGGUACAUGACUUGUCCAAUACAAAUGAAAUACUAGAGAGAUGGCUUUUAGUUCAGAAUAUGUGGGUAUAUCUGGAAGCUGUGUUUGUUGGAGGUGACAUAGCUAAACAACUCCCUAAAGAAGCAAAAAGGUUUUCGAAAAUUGACAAGUCCUGGCAAAAGAUCAUGCAGAGAGCUCAUGAAACACCAGGAGUUGUAGCUUGCUGCGUUGGCGAUGACAUGCUGAAACAACUCUUACCCCAUCUCCAGGAGCAACUAGAACUAUGCCAAAAAUCACUCAGCGGGUAUCUAGAAAGAAAGAGAAUGAUGUUCCCAAGAUUUUUCUUCGUAUCCGAUCCUGCCCUUUUAGAAAUUCUAGGUCAAGCCAGCGAUUCUCACACUAUCCAAAACCACUUACUGUCUAUAUUCGAUAACACCAGAUACGUGAAAUUCCAUGAUAUUGAAUAUAAUAAGAUCACAGCUAUUAUUUCAUCGGAAGGUGAAAUGAUUCAACUGGAAAAAGCGGUGAGAGCUGAAGGGAGUGUUGAGACGUGGUUGACGCAGUUGUUGCAGACGUCUCAAGCAUCUUUGCAUUCGAUUAUACGGCAGGCUCAUGUCUUAAUUAACGAUUCGAACUUUCAGCUAUUAGUAUUUUUAGAGAAAUUACCUGCACAAAUUGGUAUCUUGGGAUUACAAAUGAUAUGGACCAGAGACGCUGAGGUAGCACUACUUCAAGCUAGGCACGACAAGAAAAUCAUGCCUGAUACUAACAAUAAAUUCUUGGAAUUAUUAAAUACCCUUAUUGAUCAAACCACAAGAGACCUUACCAGAAUUGAAAGAACCAAAUUUGAAACUCUGAUCACCAUCCACGUGCAUCAAAGAGAUAUUUUUGAUAUUCUCUGUCGAUUAAACGUUCGUCAUAUCAACGAUUUCGAAUGGUUAAAACAAUGCAGGUUCUAUUUUAAAGAAGAACAGGAUAAGACUCUCAUAAUUAUUACAGAUGUCACUUUUUCAUAUCAAAAUGAAUAUUUAGGAUGUACUGAUCGACUGGUUAUAACACCUUUAACAGAUAGAUGUUAUAUUACACUGGCUCAAGCUCUGGCUAUGAGUAUGGGUGGUGCACCAUGUGGUCCUGCUGGUACAGGUAAAACGGAAACGGUCAAAGAUAUGGGAAAGACACUAGCAAAAUACGUCGUAGUGUUCAACUGUUCAGACCAAAUGGAUUACAGAGGUUUAGGAAGGAUUUACAAAGGAUUGGCACAAUCUGGCUCUUGGGGUUGCUUUGACGAAUUUAACAGGAUCGAACUACCAGUUCUAUCAGUAGCUGCUCAACAAGUAGCAGUAGUCUUAGCAAGCAAAAAGGAGAAAAAGAAGACUUUUCAAUUUACUGAUGGGGACAUGAUUGAACUCUGUCCUGAGUUUGGAAUUUUCAUUACUAUGAACCCUGGAUAUGCUGGUAGAAAGGAAUUACCUGAAAAUCUAAAGAUUCAGUUUAGAACCGUAGCUAUGAUGGUGCCUGAUAGACAAAUCAUUAUUAGAGUGAAGUUAGCUAGUUGUGGUUUUCUAGAGAACAUAACAUUGGCAAGAAAAUUUUAUACCCUGUAUAAAUUAUGUGAAGAACAACUAACAAAACAGGUUCAUUAUGAUUUUGGUUUACGAAACAUCCUCUCCGUACUUAGGAGUUUAGGUGCAGCGAAAAGAGUAAACAACAAAGACUCAGAGAGUACUAUAGUAAUGAGAGUACUUAGAGAUAUGAAUUUGUCCAAAUUAAUAGAUGAAGACGAACCGCUUUUUAUUUCACUCAUAGCCGAUCUCUUUCCAAAUUUGGUGCUGGAGAAGACUACUUAUCCGGAAUUAGAAGAAGCUAUUAACCAGCAGGUGGAAGAAGUGGGGCUGGUUAACCAUCCAUCAUGGUCUUUGAAAUUGAUUCAAUUAUACGAAACACAACGAGUGAGACAUGGAAUUAUGACCCUGGGACCUUCAGGAGCCGGAAAAACCAGCUGCAUCCAAAUUUUAAUGAAAGCUCUGACCCAAAUGGGAACUGUUCAUAAGGAAAUGAGAAUGAAUCCAAAGGCCAUAACAGCAGCUCAAAUGUUUGGAAGAUUGGACGUAGCCACUAACGAUUGGACGGAUGGAAUAUUUUCGGCCUUAUGGAGGAAAACAUUGAAAAUGAAAACUGGCGAACAUGUAUGGUUGGUUUUGGAUGGUCCAGUGGAUAGUAUCUGGAUAGAGAACUUAAAUUCCGUAUUGGACGAUAAUAAAACUUUAACUUUAGCAAAUGGUGAUCGAUUGUCCAUGGCUCCAACUUGCAAAAUUAUUUUUGAACCCGAAAAUAUUGAUAAUGCUUCUCCAGCCACCGUAUCUAGAAACGGAAUGGUUUACAUGAGCUCUUCUGGAUUAAACUGGAAGCCGAUAGUAAAAGCUUGGCUAAAGAAACGCAGUCCCAAAGAACAGGAAAUAUUUACUAAACUAUUUGAGGAGUCUUUUGGAGUUGUGCAAAGUUGGGGGGCUCAAGCUUUAACACCUGUAAUGGAUGUUUUGGAAUGCAAUAUUAUACUACAAAUUACUACAUUAUUAGAAGGGUUAAUACCAAAUCAAAUGGAGAGUACUGAUGAUACCAACGCAUCAAAAUCUGAUUUCGAUGAUGAAGACCUUUUAGAAGAAGUAGACAAAUCUGAGGAAAAAAGAAUUUUCACUACGGAACAUCUAGAGAAGUUAUAUGUGUUUGUGUUAACCUGGGGUACGGGUGCUUACUUAGAGGCUGAAGAUAGACAAAAAUAUGACUCGUAUGUACGAGAAAACCUUACAUUCUUGGAUUUACCCGUAAACACCAGUAAAAAUCCUGAUGCUACUCUCUUUGAUUAUGUAGUGAAUUAUGAUGGCGAAUGGGUUCUCUGGACUACGAUGGUAACAAAUUACGUAUAUCCAGAAUUGGCAACUCCGGAAUAUUCCACAAUCCUUAUACCCAUUAUGGAUAACGUAAGAAUAAAUUAUUUGAUUGACACGAUAGCUAAACAGGACAAAGGAGUUAUGUUGAUUGGUGAACAAGGAACAGCAAAGACAGUUAUGAUCAAGUCUUAUAUGAAGAAAGCAAACCCUGAGCAGUACUUGCAUCGAGCUUUUAACUUUUCCAGCGCAACUACUCCUUACCAGUUCCAAAAAACUGUGGAGAGCUAUGUGGAGAAGCGUAUGGGAAACACUUUUGGAGCCCCCAAUGGAAAGAAACUAAUUAUUUUUAUAGAUGAUAUUAAUCUACCGGAAAUCAACUGCUGGGGAGAUCAAGUAACCAACGAAAUAGUACGACAAACCAUGGAUAUGGGUGGAUUUUAUAGUUUGGAAAAACCGGGAGAAUUCACUGCGAUAGUGGACGUCCAAUUUGUAUCCGCUAUGGGUCAACCUGGUGGAGGCAGAAAUGAUAUUCCUUCUAGAUUGAAACGUCAGUUCUGUAUAUUUAAUUGUCCUUUACCCAUUGAGGCAUCCAUCGAUAAAAUUUUCGGUGUUAUUGCUCAAGGACAUUACAAUGCCAAAAGAGGAUUCACGUUAGAAGUGAGAAAUUUGGUUAAGAAACUCAUUCCUUUAACUAGAAUUUUAUGGAAAAGUACUAGAUCCAAACUGUUGCCCACACCAGCCAAAUUUCACUACGUAUUUUCCUUAAGGGACCUAUCCAGAAUUUGGCAAGGCAUGAUAGGCACAUUGUCAACUGUGAUCGAAUCUGAAGGCUGCAUGAUGGUACUCUGGAAGCACGAAUGUGCCCGAGUAUUUUCGGACAGAUUCACCAUCGAGGAAGACAAAGAAUGGUUUAACAAAGAAAUUCUCAAACUAGUCGAAGAAGAACUGGGUCCAGAGAUGAGGAAAAAGUCCGAGCCAAAUCCAGUUUUUGUUGAUUUUAUGAGAGAUGCUCCAGAACCAACAGGUGAAGAAGGAGAGGAUACAGAUAUGGAGUUACCCAAAGUUUACGAACCUGUUAGUAAUCAAAACGAACUGAAAGAAAGACUUGAGAUGUUCCUGUCUCAAUUUAACGAGAUGGUUAGAGGAAAUGGUAUGGACCUGGUCUUCUUCCCCGACGCUAUGCUACAUUUGGUGAAAGUAUCCAGGGUUAUAAGGCAUCCGAGAGGAAACGUCAUGCUUGUGGGUGUCGGUGGUAGUGGAAAACAAUCUUUGACUAAACUCUCUUCAUUCAUCGCUGGCUACAAAACCUUCCAAAUAGCACUAACUCGUUCCUAUAACAUAGCAAACUUUUUAGAAGACCUCAAAGUCCUGUAUCGCUCAUGCGGAUGUCAAGGUAAAGGUACCACCUUCAUCUUCACAGAUCUGGACAUCAAAGAAGAAGGAUUUUUGGAGUACCUGAAUAACAUCCUAUCUUCCGGAGUUAUUUCUAAUUUAUUUACCAAGGACGAACAGGCGGAAAUCAUCCAAGAACUGACGCCUAUAAUGAAGAGAGAAAAUCCAAAGAGGACUUUGAACCAAGAAAUCGUUAUGGAGUUCUUUAUGAAUAGGACUUGUCAAAAUUUGCAUGUAGUAUUUUGCUUUUCGCCGGUGGGUGAGAAAUUCCGAAAUAGAGCUUUACGAUUCCCAGCGCUGAUAUCAGGUUGUACCAUUGAUUGGUUCCAACCUUGGCCAAAAGACGCUUUGGUACUGGUUGCCAGACAUUUUCUUACAGAAUUUAAGAUUGCUUGUACUUCAGAAGUCAAAGAAGAAUUGGUAACAGCACUGGGUUCUAUACAGGAUAUUGUGGCCGCUACAUCAACUGAAUAUUUCCAACGAUUUCGCCGAGCUACCCAUGUGACUCCAAAAUCAUAUUUAAACUUCAUCGCCGGCUACAAAAGCAUUUACAACAGCAAACAGAAGGAACUGAGCGAUGGAGCAUUAAGAAUGGAUACCGGAUUAGAAAAACUGGCCGAAGCUUCUUCUUCGGUACUUGUUUUGAAGAAAGAACUGGCAGUUAUGGAACAGGAGUUAGUACAGGCUUCGCAGAAGGCCGAAAGAGUAUUGACAGAGGUAACUGAAAGAGCUAUGCAAGCAGAAAUAGUGAAGAACCAAGUCCAAAAAGUAAAGGAAAAAGCUGAAGCUCUGGUCUCUUCAAUAGCAGCAGAAAAAGCUUUAGCGGAAGAAAAAUUAGAAGCAGCCAAGCCAGCGCUUGAAGAAGCCGAAGCUGCUUUGAAUACUAUUAAGCCAGCCCAUAUUGCUACUGUCAGAAAGUUAGGUAGGCCUCCUCAUCUGAUCAUGAGAAUUAUGGAUUGUGUAUUGAUAUUAUUUCAAAGAAAGCUGCAUCCAGUUAUACUUGACACAGCUGCUCCUUGUCCUAAACCUUCAUGGGCCGAAUCACUAAAGAUGAUGGCUUCUACCACAUUUUUAUUACAACUCCAAAAUUAUCCGAAAGAUAUCAUCAAUAACGAAAUGGUGGAGCUUCUUCAGCCAUAUUUUCAAAUGGAAGAUUAUAAUAUGGAUACUGCUAAAAGAGUUUGUGGAGAUGUUGCAGGUCUUCUGUCGUGGACUAAAGCAAUGGCAUUUUUCCAUAGUGUUAACAGAGAAGUUCUACCCCUAAAAGCUAAUUUAACUAUGCAAGAAGCUAGAUUAAAGAUCGCGAUGGAAGACCUCGCUGGAGCCGAACAGCAACUCGAAGAACGUGAACAAUCUUUGAGACAAGUCAAAGAGCAAUACGAUUGCGCAGUAAUGGAAAAACAAAGAUUGACUGACGCGGCUAAUACGUGUUUGAGGAAAAUGAACACUGCUACAACACUAAUUAAAGGUUUAGGUGGAGAAAAAGUCAGAUGGACACAGCAGAGCAAAGAAUUCAAAGAACAAUUAGGAAGACUCGUUGGAGAUGUGUUGUUAGCUACUGGAUUCUUGUCUUAUUGCGGUCCGUAUAACCAAGAGUUUAGAGCGGGGCUGGUUAAUGCUUGGAUGGACGUUUUGCAAUCUAGAGCUAUUCCAUUCACUACAGAACUCAACAUUACAAACAUGUUAGUGGAAAGCUCUACUGUAUCAGAAUGGACCUUGCAAGGACUACCUAAUGAUGAACUCUCAGUACAAAAUGCUUUGAUCGUAACUAAAUCCAGAUCAUAUCCUUUACUGAUUGACCCACAAAAUCAAGGCAAAAUGUGGAUCAAAAACAAAGAGGCAAACAACAAUUUACAGAUUACAAAACUGAAUCAUAAAUACUUUAGGACACAUUUGGAAGAUUGUUUGUCACUGGGUAAACCGCUGUUAAUUGAAGACAUAGAUGUUGAACUAGAUCCAGUAUUGGAUAAUGUACUUGAGAAGAACUUUAUAAAAUCUGGAAGUAUUGAAAAGGUGAUUGUGGGUGAUAAGGAAUGUGAUGUUCUAAAAGGAUUUAUGCUGUAUAUCACUACAAAAUUGCCUAAUCCUCCGUAUUCACCUGAGAUCAGCGCUAAGACGUCUAUUAUAGAUUUUACAGUAACUAUGUUAGGUUUGGAAGAUCAACUUCUUGGAAGAGUAAUCCUUAUGGAGAAAUCAGACUUGGAAGCUGAGAGAGUUGCUCUGUUUGAAUCUGUUAUGGAAAAUCAGAAACGUAUGAAGGAACUGGAAACGAAUUUGUUAAGCAGACUGAAUUCUACAGAAGGCUCAUUGGUCGACGAUGAAGAAUUAAUCAACGUUCUUCAAGUAACAAAAUCAACAGCAGAAGAAGUCACCCAGAAACUUUCCGUCUCUGCGCAAACUGAAAAGAAAAUUAACAUAGCAAGAGAAGAGUUUCGCGCAGUUGCUGCUAGAGGAUCUAUCCUGUAUUUUCUUAUAGUAGAAAUGAGCAAUGUAAACGUAAUGUACCAAAAUUCCCUGAAGCAAUUUUUGAUCAUCUUCGAUAGCUCCAUUACUAAAUCGGAAAAGAAUGCUGAUACGUUUGAGAGGAUAAAUAUAAUUUUGAGAUAUUUAACUCACGAGGUGUGGACCUUUACUCAAAGAAGUCUGUACGAACGUCACAAAGCCCUGUUCACAUUGAUGAUGGCGAUGAAAAUCGACUUGCAAAACUGCGUCAUCACUCACGAGGAAUUUAUGGUAUUUAUUAAAGGCGGAGCUUCACUAGACUUAAACGCUGUUCAGCCCAAACCGUUUAAAUGGAUUUUGGAUAUUACUUGGCUUAAUCUAGUUGAAAUAAAUAAACUAGCAACAUUCUCUGAAAUAUUAACAAAGAUUGAAUCAAACGAAAAAGAAUGGAGAAAUUGGUAUGAAAAAGAGAAACCAGAGGAAGAAGAAAUUCCUUGUGGCUACCAAAAAAAUCUAGACGUGUUUCGAAAAUUGUUAUUGAUAAGAUCCUGGAGUCCUGACAGAACUCUGUCACAAGCAAGGAAGUAUAUCAUGGAUUCUUUGGGUCCAGAAUAUGGAGAGCCGACUAUUCUAGAUUUGGAGGCAACUUGGAUGGAGUCAGAACCUUUGACACCUCUUAUCUGUAUUUUAUCUAUAGGUUCUGAUCCAUCACCUCAAAUAUCUGCUUUGGCAAAAUCUAAGGAAAUAACAUUGAAAGCCGUAUCGAUGGGACAAGGUCAAGAAGUAGUGGCCAGAGACAUGAUAGAAUUCGCCCUACAGAAUGGCGGUUGGGUUUUACUGCAAAAUAUUCAUUUGUCGUUGCCCUUCGCCACUGAAACAAUGACAAUGCUGAUGGAUGCCGAACAUGUCAACGACAGUUUUAGGAUAUGGUUGACAACUGAGGUGCACGAACAAUUUCCUAUUGGUUUACUUCAAAUGGCUAUCAAAUUUACUAACGAACCACCACAAGGGAUUAGGGCAAGCUUGAAAAGAACUUACCAAAACAUAACGCAGGACUUCCUAGACUACUCCUCACAAUCCCAAUGGCCACCGUUACUAUUUGCCGUCGCGUUUCUACACACAGUGGUCCAAGAAAGAAGGAAAUUUGGACCAUUAGGAUGGAAUGUGCCCUAUGAAUUCAAUCAAGCUGACUUUGCAGCCAGCGUCCAAUUCAUCCAAAACCAUUUAGACGAUAUGGACCCUAAAAAAGGAGUAUCUUGGCCGACUGUUUGCUAUAUGUUGGGCGAAGUUCAAUAUGGCGGUAGGGUUACGGAUGAUUUCGAUAAGAGACUUCUGACAACAUUUACUCACGUUUGGUUCUGCGAUGUACUUCUUCGUCCUGGUUUUGAAUUUUACACUGGAUACAGAGUACCGCAAACGAGAAAUUUAACUGGAUAUCUCGAUUAUAUAAACAAUCUACCUACCACGGAUACUCCUGAAGUUUUUGGACUUCAUUCAAAUGCAGAUAUAACGUACCAGAUCAAUACAGCAAAAGGUAUCCUUGAUACUAUACUGAGUGUACAACCAAAAGAAGGCGGAGGCGGUGGAGGUGAAACACGUGAAAGCGUCGUUUAUGCUUUAGCAGAAGAUAUGUUAGAGAAACUUCCCAAUUUGUAUAACAGUUUUGAGGUAAAAGAAGCUUUAAAUAGAAUGGGUCCUCUUUUACCCAUGAACAUCUUCUUGAGACAAGAAAUAGACAGAAUGCAAAAAGUUAUUAAAGAGGUAAAAGUGACUUUAUCAGAUUUAAAACUGGCCAUAGACGGUACAAUUGUGAUGAGUUUCAAUUUAAGGACAGCAUUGGAUGCGAUGUAUGACGCUAGGAUACCAGAAAAAUGGCAAAAGAUAUCUUGGGAAUCAGCUACUUUAGGCUUUUGGUACACAGAACUACUAGAACGGGAUAUCCAAUUUAGAACUUGGUGCAAUAGUGGGAAACCAAACGUAUUUUGGAUGACUGGAUUUUUCAAUCCUCAAGGAUUUUUGACUGCAAUGAGACAGGAUGUAACUAGAGCGCAUAAAGGUUGGGCUUUGGAUUCGGUGGUUUUGCAAAACUUAAUCACACGUUACAAUAAAGAUGAAAUUAAAGAAGGGCCUCAAGAAGGGGUUUAUGUUCAUGGAUUAUUCCUGGAAGGAGCAAGUUUGGAUCGAAGAACUGGAAAAUUAGGUGAAAGUAAGGCUAAGAUCCUCUAUGAACAGAUGCCUGUAAUUUACAUUUACGCAAUUAAUACAACAGCAGGAAAGGAUCCAAGACUCUACGAAUGUCCAAUUUAUAGAAAGCCCCAAAGAACUGAUCAAAAGUACGUAGGAAGCAUCGAUUUUGAGACCGACCACAACCCUAGGCAUUGGACAUUGCGAGGGGUAGCUUUAUUAUGCGAUAUAAAAUAAUAAUAUGUAUAUGUAUAUCAUAAUUUAAGAUUAAAAUUAAACAAAUAUAAAAUAAGUAAAGUCUGUCCAGUGAGAGGAUACAUGAUAUUGACAGUCAGUUUUGUGUGCCAUUUUAAUUCAUUAAUAAAUUGUAUUUUCUAUCAUUUUUUGGAUGUCGUCUAUCGAAGUAAUAUCGACUCCUUGGACAGGCUUUAUGUAUAUAUGUCUUUUAUUUAGUAAAUAAUUCCUUGUAGCCUACUGUAAAAAUAU